UUGAUUUUAGACAAGCUGCAGCAUAGUCUUUUGUCUUGGGACAAUGUGUUCUGCCCAAAAUCGGCUGACGAAUUUGCUUUCAACCGCAACACUGCCCUUGAAUUUCAGCGGUGGCUCGAGUACUGGCGUAACAAGCUAGAUCGGAAGACGUAUGAUGACGUGGUUGAAACUGAGGUUAAGAAAAGGAAGGGAAUCAGCAAGUACGAGGACGAUGAAGACUGGAUAGAAAUCGACACCGGCGCCAAAAUUCCUAAUGUCGCUAUUGUGUACGGCGAAGCUGGGUGCGGAAAAACGUCUUUGGUACAUGUGCUGGCUAAGUACUGUGGAAUCAAGCCACCUGCCACUCAUCGUAUUGACGCCAUCGAAAAUCAUACCGGCUCGGUCGUCGCCCGGGUUACAGGCCCAUGCAGGCUGUUGGGGGACUGUUGUUCGUCGGCGAUCAGAACCUGCUCAUUGCCCUCUGCCAGCCGGAGGCGUAGUUGCACAACCACAUCUGACGAAGACCGAAGGAACGACGACGAAGAUACCGGUCACCAACGUAGUGGCUACCCGUUGUCAACGGAGGAGGCAGACAGUGCGAUGCCAUUAUAG